CUUUUUUGUGUGGUUUGGUGACAGAUCUUCCCUGUCCGGGGAGGAGGAGUGUGUGGACAUGCAGUCACUGGGAGGAGGCUGGAUGAAAGCGGCGGAUCCAGGAUUUCAUGUGGGCGGCAGUGGGUUCAGAGUGAGGCGGCCGCCUUUUAUCACUGCGAUCAACGGACUCACUGCACCCUCCAGCAACGCCGGAGGGUGGCUCAGGAGAGGCGCUACCCCCUGGAGACAGCCAAGUGUCUUCCUGGCCAAGUGGAAAAAGAAUGAUAAGGAACUGAAAGGAAAUGUUAAUAUGGGAGAUACUUGUGCACCAGCUGUAACCAUGGAAAUCAGUGAGAACAUUUUGGAACCUAAAACUACUUGUGUGUCCAACUCCAUCGUUAUGGAAACAGAAAAUGGCACGUUUCAUCAAAGAAACAUUACCAUGACUGAUGAAAGUGAACAUGCUGAGUUAACUGACCAACAGCAAACCUUGAAUCCUUGCAUAGUAACAGAACCUACUACAUUAAUGGGCGUAAAAGAAGCCAGUGAUGGAAAUCAGAAUGACAAUGCAUCUGGCAUAGAACUUCCUUUCCAAAUGGAUAAUUUAGAUCAUAUGGUGCAAAUGCCUUUAGUGUUUGAAAGCAUGUCUUCAUCCUACGAAAUGCCUGAAGCGAUUUAUGCCAUUAUUCACAAAGACCACUUCAAAGAUUCUCCAACUGAUGUCCUGGGUACAGUGACUGUUCAAUCAUCGGAAGAGGAUUUGGAGGUGCCAUGCCAAGGCAUUGCAAACGACGCUUUCACACUGACCACAGCUGCAACAGUUGUAGAUGAGUUCAACCAAGAAGAAACAGUGAGCACCUUCCAAAUUACCAAUCAAACUGAAAAUGAAACAGCCACUUCUGCAGUUACUGGAACAAAGGGAUAUUCAGUAACCAAUGAUAAUGAAAGAAUACAAGAAACCAUUCCAGAUGUUGGCCAAAAUGAAGAAAAUGUUGAACCCUUCUCAGCGAUGAAUCAAGACUUGAAUGGUCAGUCAGCCACUCAUUUAAAUGGACCUACAAUAUUUUAUUCGAUCAGUAAUGGUAAUGAAGCAUCAAACAAAAGUAUGACUUAUCAGAAAGAGUCAGAAUCUUUGCUAAAUGAUACUCCUGUGCAAUAUGUGGAAGAAUUGGAUUCUGCCCAUACAGAGAAAUUCAAAUCCAUGAAUAAAAAUUCAAAUGACUUCAUUUAUGAAAGUCAGUCUAAUGGGAGUGCACCUUCCCUAAGUGAGAAACUUGUGUUCGAAGAAAUGGAAACAGAGAACAGGUCACUGAGAAGUGAUACUAACCAGAAUGAUGAAGUGAAAAUUAAGCCCAACAAUACCAAAUCCCAAACUGCUGAACAGAACCAAGUACAAAACAGCCAGACUGAAGCAUCAGGCAAUGAAAAUGUGGACACAGAACAUAUGGAUUUUGCCACUGCCCGCAGACAGUGGUUGCUUUUGGAAGAGAUUAGCAAAAUGCAAGACCAUCGGGCACCAGCCAAAUCACAGAAAACCAAAAAUUUAAUUAAGCAUAUUUUUAGGGAUAACACAGAUGGUCCUUCCAUGAUGGAACUUUUAAAUAAAGUGACAACUCAUCCAGCUUCUUUCUCUGAAGGUAAAGUACGAAGUAGCACAUCAGAAGCAACUAAAGUGAAUGAAAUGGAAUCCUGGAGAGAUUUGACAAAUCGACAUAACAAAGUGCGCAUUGCUGCAUUACAGGGGAAUAAGGGUGCAGUGGAGAAUUUAGGGCAGAACCUGUUCUUGCACAUAGCAGAUUUUAGUGCUUGUUCAGAAGAUAGUGAUUCUGGUUUGGAUGACUCAGUGUCUAGAUCUGAAAGUGACAAUUUAACUGACACCAUAUUUCAGAAUGAAGCUUCAAGCUCUGUGUCCGCUACAAAUGGAAAACCUGAAACACCAAUCGAAAGAGAGAUCCGUCUAGGAGUGAAACGUGAAGAGAGUCUAAGGAAGGCCAGGGGCAUUAAGAAGCACCCUGGCUCUGAAGAGUAUGUUGAAAUCAAAACCAGGCCUCUUAUUUUUCAGCCAGUUCCUUCCCCUUUGGCCAAAGCUAAAAUUAAUCAAUUUGCUGAGAUGCAGAUGCAGCGUGAAAUUUUACUUGAGCGCCAACGGGAGGAGGAUCUUGUCCAGCAAGGAAAAGUAAAGGGAACAUAUGACCACAGUCUGAUUCCAGAGAUUGAGGAGAGAAGAAAAUUCUUUGAACAACAUUAUCCUUUCCCACUACCGUUAAACAGCAAAAUGUUUAACCUCCAUAUUAAUACUCCUGCACCUUCUACAACGAAAAGGUGUUCUUUCAAUAAUGGAAUGAAUUGUGAUAAUGUUAAAUUGGAAAAUGGUUUAUUAAAUUCUUCCAAGGAAGAAAAGACAAGAGUUACUGAUGAAGUACUGAAGUUUAAAUAUCCAACUGCCGAAAGUUCCAACAUUGUGAUACUGGAAACUUCAGAUGUGGUCCUGCGCCAUUCCGCAAACUUUUCACUGUCAUCGAUCUCAUCUCCACAGUCAGAGGAGAUAUUGCAGAAGAACCCCUUCUUCAAGCUCCGCUCAAAUGGAUCUGAAUCUAUUCUGAGUCAGGAGAUUAGAGAAGUCCUGCAGAGAGAGGAAGAGCUACGUAAACAAAGAUGCUUUCUUCAUGGAAUGGAACAUUCAUCUUCAGCCUUUGCUGGUAAUUUGGCACCAGUGUUACAGAGACUGAAGUCAAGUUGCAUGGACCCCAAAAUUGCUCAGGUCACAGCUACAGUGGGGCUACUUUACAGAACACCAAUAUUGAGUGCAGCACAAGCCAUUCCUGCUACAGUUGAGCUACCGCUAGCGAGUUAAUUGGAAUCCAACGAACCAGGACAUAAAGGAAAGAAAAUCAUGUCACAGGAUUGCCAUGACUCUGUGCUGGGAGACUGCGUAUAUGUGCUAGCAACUACAGACAUGAAUAGCACUCCUAGAUGAACAGAAUGAAUUAAAUUGCAUACUGCAGCAAAUAAGCUACCCUAAAGAUUGUUGAACUAAGUUCAUAUGCAGAGGUCACUGUUCUGCACUUCCAUAUAUUUUGAGCUAUUACAUAAUUAAUAGAUUUUUUUCAAUCAUUUAAAAUAUUCUUUCACUUCUCUUAAAUGAUGAACGUUAUACAAUUGUUCAUGCCCUAUUUGCAUACUGCUCUUAUUUUCCCCCAAUGGUUUGAAAUUUAGCUUACACAAGUAAGCUUGUGAUUUCAAUGAAAUGAGUUGUCCCUGUAACUGGUCUAAGGUUUCAAUUCAUAAACUUCGUAACAAAAG